AUGUCUGCAUCGAUGCCUGCCCCUGAGAGCUCGGAUAUGGUGCCGCCGGAGGCGCGCGCCACUGGCGUCAAGCUCUCCUUCGACGGCAGGGUCGCCCAAAAGUGGCUUCCGAACCUGACCUUUGAGGCUUUGCACGACCUCGCCAGGAACCGGUUCGCUAAGCUUCGUGAUGCCAAGUAUGUACUGACCACCCACAACAAGUCGGGAGAGAUCCGGCUGCUCGAGUCGCAGCUCGAUCUUGACCACCUGAACUAUGUCGUCGGCAACGGCGUCAUCAACAUCGCUGUUCUCUCACCGCCGCCCAACCCGCUGCCCCCUGAGCUUGAAAAGCACCGAAAGGAGGCGGCAGAAGCUGAGAUGGCAAGUGCGGCCCGCAUCAAGGAGCUCGAGGCGAAGCUUGAGGCGGUGCUCGACGCCGAGCAAGCUGCAGAGGCAUGUCGCGAACAUGUCAAGUCGCUCCAAGCCCGGAUCGUGCAGCUGACCACCGAGCUGGAGUCAAGCGCUGCGGCCGAGGCGGUGCAGACCACAGCAGCAGAGCUGGCGGCCAAGGCUGACCAACUAAACCGCGACCGCAUCGCCUUUGAGCAGCGUCGCAAGGCCGAGCUGUCGGCGAUCGACCGCGCAAGGAACACGGUGCCCGACAACCGGCAGCUGGCAGCGCGCAUUGCGUCGCUGGAGGAGGAUGAAGCCAGGAUCGGGGCCCGCUGGCUGGAGAUUGAGGCUGCCGAGAAGACGCGGCUGGCGGCGGCCGAAGCGAUGGCGGACGAGAUCCGCAAGCGAGCCGAGGCCGACGCCCGCACCAUUCGGGCGCAGGCCAAGCGAGACACUGCGCUGCAGUGCAUCGAGUACGAGGGCAGCCAGGCGGCACGGAGGGCGGAGAUCACGAGUCUCGAGCAGGUGGUUGCGGCGCAGCGCGCGGCGCUUGAGGCGCAGCGCGCCGAGCUUGCCCAUCUUCGGGCCCAGCUCGCCGACACAGACUCUGACGACGACCUGCUUGAAAGCGUGUGCUCGUCCGAUGCCUCGUCGAUUACAGACUCGGGGUGGUCGCUCUCUCGGUCGGGCUUGGGCAUCGAGUCGGAGACCGACGACGGCGGGUGCGAGUGGAGCAUGAUCUCCGAAGACGUGGCGGUCUCCGAUCUUGACGCGUCUGACUUGCCUCACAUGCUCAAUGUACCCAACGAGUCAGAUGGCUGGUCAACGUUGCUCCUCGCUGGUGGUAUGGAUGCCAAUGUCGAUGCCAACGACGCUGCCGCCGCCGACGACGAGUGA